ACGUACAUCCGUAGAUUCCCAUUCCGCUGCUAUAAAAGAGGGCGGAAGCAGGAAGGAAGAACAAGUAGGAAACGAUGGGAUUUGGGAGCGGCGAUGGGGCGGAUCUAAUGCGAAAGUUCCUCAACGAGGCUGGCGGUUCCGCCGUCAUCGACGGCGGGCUUGCAACGGAGCUCGAAGCCCAUGGAGCAGACCUGAAGGACCAGUUGUGGAGCGCCAAGUACCUCUUCACCUCCCCCGACCUGAUCAAGAAGGUUCAUUUAGACUAUCUUGAAGCUGGUGCAAGUAUCUUGAUCACUGCCUCCUAUCAGGGAACCAUACAGGGUUUUCAAUCUAGAGGUUUUUCCCCGGCGGAAAGUGAAGCUUUGUUGAGGAGAAGUGUUGAAAUUGCAUGCGAAGCGCGAGACAUAUUUCAAGGCCAAUAUCUUAAAGCCAGUUCUGGAUUCAGUGAGGGCGCAAUCAACCUGAAGCAGCAUCCUGUGUUGGUUGCUGCAUCAAUAGGAAGCUAUGGAGCAUAUCUAGCAGAUGGUUCUGAGUACAGUGGAAACUAUGGCCAAGAAAUUACAGUGGAAACCCUCAAAGAUUUUCACAGGAGAAGGCUUCAGGUUCUUUCUGAAGCUGGAGCUGAUAUAAUUGCUUUUGAAACAAUUCCAAAUAAACUUGAAGCUCAGGCAUAUGUUGAACUUCUUCUGGAGUGUGACACAAAAAUUCCAGCUUGGUUUUCUUUCACUUCGAAGGAUGGGAUCAAUGUUGUUAGUGGAGAUUCUAUGGCUGAAUGUGUUUCUCUGGCUGAUUCAUGCAACAAAGUCGUUGCUAUUGGAAUCAACUGCACUGCACCUAGAUUCAUCCACAGUUUAAUUCUCUCUAUUAAGAAGGAAACACUAAAACCCAUCUUAGUUUAUCCAAAUAGUGGCGGCGAAGGGUAUGAUCCUGUUAGAAAGGAUUGGGUGUUAAGUGGUGCUUCUGACGAUGAUUUUGUUUCAUACGUGAGCAAGUGGCAUGAGGCUGGAGCUUCUCUUAUAGGAGGAUGCUGUAGGACAACCCCGAACACCAUCAGGGCUAUAGCAAAGGCUUUGUGCAAGGGCUUUGAUGCUGGCAAAGGAGAAGCAGAGCAACAGAUUGAGGUUGAGAAAAAUUCAGUUGAGGACACACUGGCACUUAACUCGACAUCAUUUCAUAACUCUUCCAGCAACACAAGUGCUUGCUCCCGUCCUCUUCUCGUGUAGUUGUCUAGUAAAUGCGAAAGUAAAAUGAUGCACGAGAUCCUGAUCAAACUGUACUGUGCAUAACUGAAUCUGUUGUCUGAGUUCACCCUGCUUGGGAUUGUAGUAGCAGGAUGCUAAGUGUGAUCAAUAAAAAGUACUGUAGUAACAUUACGUCUUU